AUGGCCAAGAUUCCCGGAUUGACCAUCGCCGACGAUCCUGCACGGGUCCGGAAGUUCGCAGCUCAGCUCUCCGGGUGCCGGGAGCCAGGUUUCCCCGGGGCCCUCCGGACGCGCCUCGGCGAGGAGAGUCUACCAAAAUUAUCGGAGGCUGCCUAUAGGGUGACCUGGAAAUCCGACGGCCAGCGUUUCCUCCUGCUCAUGACGCACCCUGGAGUGACUUUCCUGCUGGGCGAGGGAGAUGAGGUUUACCGAGUGUCUGGUUUCUCCUUCCCCUAUUCGAAGGACGCCUCGAAACCUCUCUUCACGACUCUACUCGAUGGGGAAUUAGUGUUCGAUCUGGACGGAGGGAUAUGUAGACCUCGCUAUCUCAUCCACGACAUCAUUCAUUUCCGACUUCAGAAAAUGUGGAAGAUGGAUUUCAGCGAGCGAGAGUGGUGCAUCCAGAGGGAGAUCAUAGAUGUCCGGAGGCGAUAUGCGCAGGAGGGAAUCAUCGAUUUGAAGGAGGAGCCUUUUUCGAUAAGGAAGAAAGACUUCUUCCCGCUCGAGAUGACCAGCAAAAUAAUUGCUCACAAAUUCAGGUCGCAGGUCUCGCAUGGAGUCGCUGGUGUCAUAUUCAAAGCGGCCCACGAACCCUAUUCACCCGGACCCAGCGAGGCUCUCUUGGAAUGGAUUCUUCCGCAAUCAGCCAACGGAGCAGAAUCCGCCUUCCAGAACUCGCUCCUCGAGAGGAUUCAACUCGCAAGUAAAAGGGAGUCAAAAAGUCGAUCUCCACCCUUCGACGAGCCGAGCCUGAAACGGCACCGUCCCUCACCUGAGGGGGAAUAG